AUGCCAGCUAAUUCGCCCAAUGCGGUACCCCGCACCGCGCCCUCCUCACAUGCCUUCCGUCGUCGCCCGUCCGUCGCCCUUGCCUUCCGGCUGGCCUCCUCCAGCAGUGACUGCCCAGGCAAAUCUGCCUCAAGCAGUGCCCGCGCCGACAAAUGGCGUCGCCCACCGCCUGGCCGCAUGUCCCUCUGUACCGUUAUGCCUGCGAGUGGGGCUACGCUAGCGGCAUCGCUCAGCCGCGCCAAGCCGCCAGCUCCUGCUCAACCUCCCGAGCGUCGUCGCCCGUCCUCCAGCGGCUUCACCUCUCGCCUCUCGCGCGGCCGCCUGAGCGCAGGGGCUUGUGCGACCACGCUUUGCCCUCUGCUCGUCGCCGUGCCUUGUCAGCUUGUAUACUGCCGGACUCCGACCACGUCGCGCCAGGGAGCACCAUCUAGCCUAUACUGA